AUGAUAAAGAGGAAACUCUGUUUAUUACUUCAAAAUGUGACUCUGCAGGUUGAUAAAGAGGACAGGUGGCUUUGGAGAUUGAAAUCAAGUAAUGAUUUCACUGUUCGGAGUGCUUCUAAAGUUUUGGUUAAUCAACAAAACACAUACACCGAGGUUUCUCCGAAUGCUCUUUGGCACAAGGAUAUUCCUCUGAAGGUCGUUCUCUUUGCUUGGCGUCUGAUUCGUGACAGGUUGCCAACUAAGGAUAAUUUGAUUCGUCGUGGAAUUAUAGGUCCUAAUGAUAGUUUGUGUGUUGGUGGCUGUGGUUUGAUGGAAACUUCCCCUCGUUUAUUUUUACAUUGUCAACUUUUUGGGGAGGUCUGGCACUUUAUUCAUCUUUGGUUGGGUGUCUGCUCGGUAAUCCCUAAUGUGCCGGCAGAUUACCUAAAUCAGUUUAGUUUUGUUGGUGGCAAUUGUCCCAAGGGGCUGCUGUCUAUUAUGCAGUUGAUUUGGCUUGCGACGGUGUGA